CUAAAAUUAUGCUCCGAAUAUAUGGUUUUUGGCAACUGAAAUCUGCCAACGAGGCACCGGCAGUAGGCCCACAUACCGUGUACAGCAGUAGCCGCGCUUUAGACAAGAGUUGUGGAGAAUUGGUGAAUAGAAGAUCCAGGCAAUUUUGGUGUUCACGCUAAACUGACCUAGUCCUGUAUUUCCCCUUUUCUUUUUCAAGCAUCUUUACUUAAUUUUUGCUUUAUUUAAUUAACGUCAUAAAUCAGUAAACCACUGUUCAUUGCUUACUUUCACUUUGAAACAGACACCAUUAAUGAGGUAAACCCUUUUGAACAUUCUUUUUUUCAUUUGCACAAAUUAUCUCCUUUUUCACAUUUAUAAUUAUAAUUCUGAUUUGUGAUGCCAAUUGAGGGUUGAAUUCAAAUAUUUCGGAAGAAUAUUGAUUUUAUAAGAGGGUGUCAAAAUCAAUUACAAUAUGAAGUUUUUGAAUUAGUCUUCUGUCUCAACAUCAAGUAUUACCAAUUGGGUUCGCUGAAAAAGGUUGGGUUUAUCCAAAAACUUUGAUAGACAUCUAAUUUGACAGUUAAUGAUCCGAAUUUUGCUGGGUUUCGUGCAAUUUGAUCUGGGUUUACUUCUCUGCGAAGUUGGUGUUCUGUGUUAGUCAAAUUCUUAUUAUUGAUUAUGUUAUUGGCGAUCUUGGUUGAUUGAUUGAUUUGUAGUACAAGUUAAGUAAGUUUGCUGCUUUAAAAAUUUGUGUUGCUGUUGUGUAAAGUUGAGGUUUUGCCUAAACUUCCAAUUGUUGAUAGAAGGAUUAAUAAACGUUUAGGUUUGAGAAUUGAGAAUGUUGAAUAUGUAUAUAUGAUUAGAUUAUGAUUACUUGAUAGAUGGCGACAUUAUCGCCAUCUCCAGAUUCUACGCCUUCUAAUGUCCCACCACCAACAACACCAUCUCCUAGCCCACCUCAGCCUUCCGGUACACCUCCUCCAGGUUCCCAACCUACUGCUAAUCCACCUGUUACAACGCCACCACCUACACCUAAUGCAUCACCCCCUUCACCACCGUUAGCUACACCUCCGUCUACACCCGCUGAUUCUCCACCUCCUCCACCCGUCGUUUUAACACCACCUCCUACACAGAACACCAAUCCGCCAGUGAAUUCACCUCCACCUGCUGAUGGUCCACCACCUUCAUCACCUGGCAAUCCGCCUACAACUUCACCUUCCACACCUUCCAUACCGCCAACUACAAGUCCUGCUCCUCCUCCGUCACCUUCAUCGACAACUCCUCCACCAGUGAAUCCUGCCACACCACCAUCAACUACUCCUCCCCCAAUAAGUCCUCCUACACAACCAUCUACGACUCCGCCUACAAGUUCGCCACCAUCAACUACACCUCCCCCAAUAAGUCCUACACCACCAUCUACGACUCCUCCACCUACAAGUUCACCACCAUCAAGUACACCUCCCCCAAUAAGUCCUCCUACACCACCAUCUACGACUCCUCCACCUACAAGUUCACCGAUACCACCUUCAACGACUCCUCCCGCAGCGUCACCCAGUCCACCCACGCCAUCCCCAAACCCACUUGUAGGUUCACCACCGCCACCAGCAUCUGCACCUCCACAAAAUACACUUACUUCCCCUGAAGCUGCACCUCCACCCUCACCACUAGCAUCGCAACCACCUCAACGGUCACCUUCUCCACCUGCUGCAUCGCCUCCAAGGAAGACCCCAUUUCCACCCUCUAGUGAUAGCCCACCUCCAUCUGAUCCCGAGCCGGCUUCUCCACCAUCAAAGACUCCGGGUCCACCCGCUCCUGGUCUGAAAUUAUCACCUCCACCCCCAAUUGAUUCAAUAGCCCCAUCCACUCCUAGUUUACCGACUAAUCGAUCAGGUCAGAAUACACCUGAAACUGCAAAUAAUGCCUCCAGUCACGGGGGAAUUGGUACAGGUGGAGUUGUUGCUAUUGGUGUAAUAGUUGGUCUUUUAGUGCUUGGGCUCAUUGGUUUCAUUGGUAUCUGGAUGUUCAAGCGAAAGAAAAAGUCUCGGAGAACUUUUGAUGACCAUGUCGUUCCUGCUUCACUAGGCUCUUCUCCACGUUCAGAUGGAAAAUUGAUAGUGAAGACAGAGUAUCCAGGUUCAACUUUUGGAGGAGGCUCUGGUAGUGAUACCCCUACUGAUCAUGGUGGAUUUGGCCAUUCAAAGUCAUGGUUCACUUAUCAAGAGUUAUAUGAGGCUACCAGUGGAUUUUCUGAUGAGAAUCUUCUGGGUGAAGGUGGAUUUGGUUGCGUACAUAAAGGGUUUCUAACUGAUGGUAGAGUAGUAGCUGUAAAGCAGCUGAAAGUCGGUGGUGGACAAGGGGAGCGUGAAUUUAAGGCAGAAGUAGAAAUAAUUAGCCGCAUACACCAUAGGCAUUUGGUUUCUCUUGUUGGUUACUGCAUUUGGGAGACUAAAAGGCUGCUUGUAUAUGACUAUGUUUCUAAUGAUACACUUCAUUUCCAUCUUCACGGAGAAAAUAGGCCGGUCAUGGACUGGGCAAUGCGCGUUAAGAUUGCCAUCGGUGCUGCUCGUGGUAUUGCAUAUCUUCAUGAAGAUUGUCAUCCACGAAUAAUUCACAGAGAUAUUAAAUCAUCAAAUAUUCUUUUGGAUGAUAACUUUGACGCUCGGGUUUCAGAUUUUGGGCUUGCAAAAUUGGCAAUGGAUGCAGAGACACAUGUCAGCACUCGUGUAAUGGGAACUUUUGGAUAUAUGGCUCCGGAAUAUGCCACAACUGGUAAAUUGACCGAGAAAUCAGAUGUAUACUCUUUCGGCGUUGUCCUUCUAGAGCUAAUAACUGGACGUAAGUCUGUGGAUGAAUCUCAACCUGUGGGAGAUGAAAGUCUAGUUGAAUGGGCACGGCCUUUGCUUAAUCAUGUGCUUGACACGGGAGAAUUGGAAGGCCUGGUAGAUCCUCGUCUUGGCAAGAGUUAUACUGAGAAUGAGAUGUUUCGAAUGAUUGAGGCAGCUGCGGCUUGUGUGAGGCAUUCAGCUAUAAGAAGACCAAAAAUGGGGCUGGUUGUUACGGCCCUUAGCAUGUCCGACUCUGGAGAUCUAUCAAAUGGAUUACGGGUGGGCGAAAGUCAGCUCUAUGAUUCUGCGCAGCAAUCUGCUGAAAUUAGAUGGUUUCGGAGGAUGGCAUUUGGUAGUCAAGAUUAUAGUACUGAGUUUUUCAGUAAUCCAAGCCGGAAUCUUGGCUUUUCAGGUCAGAGCAAGCAGUAUCCAGAGUUUCAAACUCAGCAUGAGCACGAUCAAAAUCCUCAAAAUGUGGGAUUUUCGAACCGAAGCAGGAAUCAUGAAAGUAUUUCAAUCGAGCGUCGUUCAACCCAACACAGCCCGAGAAAUAAGAAUCCGAGUUUUCACACUCGGAAUGAUAGUCAGAACCAAUAACAUCACAUGAAAAUCCUUCAACGGAAAAUAGGCCCGGAAUGCUCUGCUAUCAUGUAGCAAUGCUUAUUGCUGCAUUUUUUGCACAGAAUUUUUGCAUUUUCUUCAUUCUUUAUUAUUGUAAAUUAUAAAAGGUGCAUAGUUUUGUUUAGCAAAUUUUUAUAAAUUGUGAAUGAACCAUACUCUUAUACACCCUACUCCAUUUUGGGGCACAUAUAUGAUAUUUCCUUGAUCUGUAUGAUUCACCAUAAAA